GUCGUAAACAGUUAUUGACAGUCGUCAAUGAGUUUAGCUCACAUGAGAUUCAGCUGAUUUGAUCACAUUGUUUAUCACAUGAUUCUACUUGAAAAACAGCGCUAAAUACAGACUCUGCUGUCCUAGAGAAUGAUGAAGGUGUUUAUGUUUCUGGUGCUGGGUGUUGUGUAUGGAAGAACAUAUCACAGGAACCCCCUCAGGUCCAUGUUCCCUAAGACCAUUCCUCCCGUAAGGUUUGAUGGGGUGGGUCCAGGCUCACCUUUGUUCCUUACACCCUACCUGGAGAAAGGCAUGGCUGAUAAAGCUAGGAUGUUGAGUGAGGUUGGCCCAUUGACCAUUGGUGGUCAGGUUGUAGCAAAUAAUGGGAAUGCAGGCUACCUGACUGUCGACAAAACAUACAACAGUAACAUGUUCUUCUGGUUCUACCCUGCACUGGUUAACAGUUUGGAUGCACCUGUACUACUGUGGCUACAGGGUGGGCCCGGGGGUCCGUCUGUGUUUGGCAUGUUUAAUGAGAAUGGACCUUUCUACGUUGAUGAAGAUAUGAACUUACAGCCGAGGAAAUAUGGCUGGACGAACAAGUACAACAUGCUCUAUAUAGACAAUCCAGUGGGAUGUGGGUUUAGCUUUACAGGGAGUGAUGGUGGCUAUUCAACUAAUCAGACAGCAGUGGCUGAUAACCUGUACAGGGCCCUUACCCAGUUCUUCCAAAUAUUCUCAGCAUACAAGAAUAAUCCAUUUUACAUCACUGGGGAGUCUUAUGCUGGGAAAUAUGUGCCUGCUAUAGCUUAUAGGAUUUACAAGGAGACACAGCCUAAGGUGCCCAUCAAUCUCAAAGGCAUGGCUAUUGGAGAUGGACUAUGUGACCCUGAAACUAUGUUGCCUCAAUAUGGAGACUUCAUGUUCAACACUGGCCUUCUUGAUGAGAACCAGAGGGACUAUUUCAACAAGCAAACUGCCUUAGGGGUCCAGUAUAUCAAACAAGGAAAGUGGGUGUCAGCAUUUAAUAUAUUUGACAUUCUGCUGAAUGGAGAUACAAUUCCUUAUCCAUCCUUCUUUACAAAUGCAACAGGAUCAACAGACUACUACAACUUCCUUAGGACUCAGAGUCCCCCAGAGUUCAACUUCUAUAGCAGCUUUCUCCAGCAGACCAGUAUCAGAUCAAAGAUUCACGUUGGCAACUUGACAUUCCACGCUGGGGACAAAGUUGAACAUUUUCUACUGGAAGAUGUAAUGAAGUCUGUGAAACCUUGGAUCAGUGAACUAUUGGACAGUGGCUUAAAGUCGCUAUUCUACAGUGGUCAGUUAGAUGUAAUUAUUGCCGUACCUCUGACAGAGGCAUUCCUGCAGACUGUUGACUGGCAGUGGGCACCAGACUACAAGACAACUGGCAGACUGGUGUGGAAGAUUCAACAAUCAGAUAUAGAUGUCGCUGGUUAUGUCAGACAAGUUAACAACCUUUAUCAGGUGAUUGUUCGUGGAGGUGGGCAUAUCUUACCUUAUGACCAACCAGCUCGCACCUUUGACAUGAUUGACAGGUUCAUCAAUGACAAAGCAUUCCAUAAAUAAACCAGUGAAAAAACUGACUUCAUUUAAUUGAAGUGUUAGUUAUAACAUACACAUGUACAAUGCAGUAAACUAAGAACACAAGGACACUAUGCACUUGAGAGAAUUCCUCAUAAUAGCGAGGUCUUCAGUUUAAAUUGAUGUGGUUUACACAGAUUUAUCUACUAUUAUACUGCAUGCUGCCAUGUAGGAAUAAAUGAACAAUGCUCAAAAUGACUUAUUUUCAACUGAGCUGGACUUUUCCGAUACAUUGAUCUACACAUAACAUCUCUUAUUUGUACAUUGUUUAUUGUUUAAGAUCUCAGUGAGAAAAAUGAAGGUCAAUAUUGUAACCUGCCCGAUAAACAAUUUGUACAAAAUACUUCCAAGGACUUUACACUGAAAUAGUGUGCAAGCCAUGUUUUUUAUUUUUAAAAUGUGUUUGUUAUUUGUGCAAUAUUUUUGUAUAUCAUGCAUUUAUUGUAAAUUGUACUUAUGAAUCAUUAAAAUCAUAUCAUAAAAUUA